GCAGCAAUUUGACUGCUGAAAUUUUUCUGGAAGCCACAGUUUACAUAUCAUCUACUUGCAAAUGUGUAAGAGGAAUGUUCACUUUUAUUGUAAUAAAAGUAAUCAAACCACUAUUACAUACAGCUUUGUUAAAGUGUUUUUAAUAUGUCGCCUAUGUUAUACGGGUAGUUUUUUAUAAAGUUUUAUGAUACUGGUAUUUUCAGCUGAAAGGAGAGAGCCUUCCAAAGAAAGAGGUGGAGUGUGGGAAUAUGUUACUGCUACAAUCUUGUUGAUCAGCGAUUAGUAUUAGAAAAUAAUACAGCAGUUCUUAAAGCUGUUUAUUUUAUGAGGAAAUACCAGCUAUAGGUUGGUCCUAGCAUGGCUUCUUGUGUUUAGCUGCUUUCCCGUAGCCUAGUGUUUAUACUAAUUGGCCCAUAACCACAUCUUUAAAGUAAAAGUAACAAAUCUAUCACUGUAAAGACCUUCAGAAUACUCUUUUAAAUUUUCCAGUGAUGACAAGGCGAAUAAUGCAAGUGGCACUGGGGAAGCUAGUAAACCUGCAGAGAUGCUUACGCAGAGAAGAAAACGUAUCUCCACCAUGCCAAAUCUUGUGAAACCCAGAGCUGGACCAUCGUCUGCUCAGCGUUCUGCACCAAAACAGCAGAGGCGAACAUCGCAGUCCUCUGAUGGCAGUGCUUCACUUCAGAAGGAUCCCUCCCCAUCAGAAAAGAGUAAUGUUGAAAGCUCUGUAAAGUCUCCCAUGCUUCCUGAGAAGAAAACACCUGUGCCACAAGUGCCACAGUUUUCACCACUAAAAAAAUCUGUGAACAAAGAGCAAAUUGUUGGUGUAGCUGCUCCAAAAAAUGAUGAUAGCUUGCAGAAGAAUGUACCCUCUCCUCUCAAGGAGAGACCAACACAGGAAAGAUCACGAACACAAGAGGAAAAGCUACCUGUGAAACCUUCUCCUGAGAAAGUCAAACGAACAUGUUCUGACCGGGAAAGGAUCCUCAAAGCUCGGAAAUUAAGAGAAAUGCUUAAAGAAGAGCUGAAGAAGGAGCGGAUGAAGUUGAAACACAGGCCUCCAGUAAUUGAAGGACGUUCUCCACCAGAUCGUUCUAAAAUGACUAUGAGAGACUUAAUAUACUAUCUGCCAGAAAACAAUCCUAUGAAGUCUUCAUUGGUAGAAGAAAAGAGAACAGAAAAAAAUUCUGCACUGAGUCAAAUGAAAGAACAGGAAGAGAAAAGUACUCCUGAUCAUGAAGAAGAGGAGGACGAUGAAGAGGAGAAUGGGGAAGAGAGUCAGGAUGGCCCACUUCUUGUUCCUCGUGUAAAAGUAGCAGAAGAUGGUUCAAUCAUUCUGGAUGAAGAAAGCUUAACUGUAGAAGUUCUAAGAACAAAAGGUCCAUGUGUUGUAGAGGAAAAUGAUCCCAUCUUUGAGCGUGGCUCUACAACUACAUAUUCUAGCUUCAGGAAAAGUUUUUACACAAAACCAUGGUCAAAUAAAGAAACAGACAUGUUCUUUUUAGCUAUCAGUAUGGUAGGAACAGACUUCUCCUUGAUUGGGCGGCUGUUUCCUCACAGAGCCAGAGCAGAAAUUAAGAACAAGUUCAAACGUGAGGAGAAAGCUAAUGGAUGGAGAAUAGACAAAGCUUUCAAAGAAAAACGACCCUUUGAUUUUGAAUUCUUUGCCCAGCUGCUUGAGAAGGUCUUAGCAGAUGAGGGAAAGAGGAAGCAAAAGACCGUUAAAAACCAGAAGCCAAAAGAAAAAAAGUCUCCAAGGCCACAGAAGUCAAAAGCAAAAGCUGCCCGCACAGAAGCUGUUAAUGAUCAAGAUGAAAUUCAGGAAGCUGGAAUUUCUGAUGCAGAAACAGAAGCAGAUGGUGUGACAGCUGAGAAAGAAAAUGAGGAAUCUUUGGGCAUUUCUGAACAGGCAGAAGAACAGGUUGCAUCAGAGCCAGCAUUAUCAAAAAAGAAGAGAAAGAGGAAGAGAAAAGAUGAUCUUGAACAGGAAGUGGAGAAUAUUCCUGAAGAAAUGGCUGGUCCUUCAAAAACUGCUGAAGAAGGGAAGUCCUGUAAUAAAAGAAAAACAGUGAUACAUGCAAGCAGUGAUAGUCAUACUACCUGUGGAGAAGAAGUGAAUUGUGCUAUUGAAGGAAAACAAAACGCGACUGCUGUAACAUUGGAAAAGAGAUCAGAGUCUUGUUCACCAAUGAAUAACCAAAUGGAAAGAGAAGGUGGUGUCAAUUUAUGCAGCCUUGAAGAUGGCAAUGGUGUUAUACCAGAAGUAGAACCUGCUAAAUUGAGAACCAGAGAUAUUAGAGAUAAUGCAUCACAGGAAAGCCAGAUUCCAGAGUUACCAGUUUCAGAUAUUAGAGACAAGGAAACACAAGCCGUAGAAACUACAGAAUCAAAGAAUGAAGAUACACAUCACUCACAAAAAACAGAUGGAAAGGAGAGUGUAUCAGAAAGUGGUUCACAAUCUGAAAUCAUGAAAACUGAAAAUUCAGCAGAUAGAAGGCGCUUUGGAAGACCUAAACCCAAUUUAGUGAGAUCUUCUGGAAGGAGGGAAACAGCACCACAAGACAAAACGGAGGCCAAAACUUCUCCAACCAUUGCAAAUGCAGGUGAAAAGUGCUCUGAAGAAGACAGUAGAAGAAACAGAAAUGAAGCCACAGAAGUAGAGAACAGGGAUUUGGAUACUGCAUCUCAAGAACUCAAAAAACCUGGAAUUGCAAAGACAGUAGUUAGAGGAUAUCGACAGAGAUUUAAACCUAAUGUUUCAAGAGCAUCUGGAAGGAAAGAAGAGCCUGAAACACAUGCAAGAAAUGAUGAAAUAUCCCAUCUGCAGCCUAAGGGGGAAACUGAGAAGAAUAAUGACCAAGGUAAUAGCUCUGAUGUUACCAGUGAAGAUGCUGCAGAAAAAGAUGACAAAAUCCUGGAGACAGUGUAUCAGUCUAACGAAACAGCUGGUUUAAAAGAAGAUGGCAAACAGAUUGUGUUGAAUCAAACACCUCUAAAGAGAGGUAGAAUACAGAGACCAAAACCAAAUCUUGGAAGAACUGUUGCUAGGCAAAAAGAAAUGAUACAUAAAAAAGAUCCUGAAGAGGAGACAACUGAAGGUGGAGAAUCAGAAAAAAGUGUCAAUCACCAUCAAGAUGAAAACAAUGAUCCCUGCCUCAAAAAUGAUUUAACAGCUCAUGAAGACACUCAGCCAUCCAGUGUGGUGUUAGAAGGUGUUUCUACAGAUUCUGAGAUGAGCUCAGUAUAUUCAAAACAGUGUUUCCAAGAAAAGUCCUCAGAAGCAGAAAGCUAUAAAAGUGAAAAGGGAUUGUCAGAUGUCUCGAAACAGAUUUCAGAUUCCAAUACAAGGGAAUCUCAUCCUCAAAAGGAAGAGGAGAAAACUGUUGUAUUGUCAGCUCGGCUACCAAGGACACGAUUCCAGAGACCAAAGCCAAAUUUAAGAACAACUAGUAGAAAGGAAGUUCUGGAUGUAAAUAAUAAAGGUGCAUCACAAAAAGAUACCAACAAAGAAGAAAGCUUGACACAGUGUGAUAGUGAAUGUAGCAUCCCACCUGACACAGAUAAAGCAGGAAAAUGUGAAGUUUUAAACACACUAGAAUCCUUGGGAAAAGAGAAGUCACUUUGCUCUCAGGAGGUUCCUGAGAUGCCAAGUUGUAAGUCCCCUAAAACAUUUUCAAGAUCAGAGGAUGCUGAACUGAAGUUCUGUCUACCUGAAAUUAGCCAAGACAUUUCUACUACUAUUACAGGCACUCAAGAAGAAUGUCAACACACACCUCUUCCACCUGUCCAGCUGGCACAGAACAAGAGGUACAAGCCAAGCUUGGUAAGAACUGUUGGAAAGAAGGAGUUACAAAUAUCAGAAAAUGAGAGUAAGAAAAAGCCUGAAGCCGAGCAAAAAGAUGAGUUUGACAAUACUGUCAUGGGUGAAAAUGAAGCUGUAUUGUGUCAAGCAGAUGUAUUGAGCAAAGAGGAACAGGAACAGCAAGAGAUGCCUCAGGUGUUCUCUAUUUCUGAAACCUUAUUGUCUGAACAAAGCAGUACUGAAAAAUUUACCUCCCAAGAAGGCAAGCUGAGUGCUCUGGAACCAGGACAAUUCAUAAGGAUUGAGCCUCCAAGAACUAGACCAAACCUAGAAAGAGCAAACUGUGAAAAAGGAUCUCCAGUAAUACAAAAUCUUGCUGCCCCAGAUGAAGAAGAAAUGAAUCAAGGAGAGAAUCUGCCUUUGGCAGAGGAAUCUGAAGACCUUCUCUCCUCAAAAGAUGACAUGGAGGUAUUGUUGCUUGUGGGAAAUUUGUCUGAGAAUGACAAUGUAGACAUAAAUUCGGGAAGCAUGACGUCAGGAACACUUUGUUCUUCUAAAAAAUCACCAAGUUGCAACACCAAAAAAGAGCAAGAACAGUGUCUAUCUACAGAUGCUACAUUAAGCACUCUGGGUACUACAGAAAGAUCCAAUGAUAAAUUAAGUUUUGGAGAAGAAAGUGGACAGAGAGCAAGGGAGCCCCAUUGGAAUCCAAGGCCUGACCUAAUGAGACUUACUAGGAAAAGGGAUUAUCCUGAAGAGUGUGAAAACAGAGAAGAGGACAACACUGAGAGAAAUGAAGAGUCAUUGGUGUUGUUAAGAACAUGUGUAUCAGGGCAAAACUCCAGUAAUACAGUGGAAACUGGAUCCUUCUCAGAAGCUACAAGGAAACACAAUUUUGCAGAGCAUUUUGAAGAAACAUCGCAUAAGACAAUCAGGCAGGACAUUACACUCCAGUCUCCAGGGAUAUCAGCAGAGAGUGCGAGUCAGGUAGAACAAGAUAAUGAUUCUCGGCUUUCUACCUCACAGGAAAAGCUUUCAGACAAUUUCCCAAGAAGGCAAUUCAGGAGAUCAUCAAAACAGACAGCACUGCCAGAACAUGUGUUGGAGCCAAAACCUGCUACUUCUUCUGCCUCUGAAUGUGAGGCUUAUUGUAGUGAGAAGGGGAGUCAAAGAAAAGAAGCUAAACUGCAUGUUACCAGAGACAAAAGUUUGAAAACUACACAAAGAAGAAAAUCUGGGAAGGAACCCAGAAGUUCAAAGAUAACCUUUGUUACCCUCCGGGCUUCUGAAGAGGAGGAGGAGGAUGAGGAGACAGAUGACUUUGAGCUUGGUGAUGAAGAUGAAUGCUUUGCAUCAGAGGAAGUAAACAAGGCUCCAGUGUUUGUUCCUAUAGGUCUUCGAUCUCCAAAACCAAUUCCUGUGCAGAUACAGGAAACCAUGGAGGAGCUGGAAAUACCUGUGAAUAUCCCAGAUGUGCAGGUGGCUACUGAUGCUGAAAGUCUUCCUUGUGCUUCUCUCCAACCAGUACAGAGGGAAGAAAAAAUAAGCACCUCAAUAGCUGAAGCAAUCAUACGUGAGAAUCCAGAGGUGGACAAAGGAAUUAACGAUGGAAGCACUGAAGCUGCUAUGACUUUACUUGCAAUGGGUGAUCCAAAUUUCCAGUUAAAAACAAGCACUGAAGAACAGACACAUAUGUCUCCUGCUCAAGAUGACUUGGACAUGGCUGAUAGCCUUGUAAUUCAUACCUACUCCAAAGAAAAUAGAACUUCUAGUCAGUAUUUGCUUGCUUCAGAUACCUCUAUCAAGGAAUUGCUGUUUUCUGAGGAUGGAAACAACAUCAAUGUAGAGCAUCAAAUCACUGGCACAAGAAUAGGUGUUGAACAAUAUUCAGAGAUGGAUGCUACUGAUACCAGUGGUAGCUCUUUGUCUAUGGUAAAUAGUAUGAGACUGACAGGAGACAGACGCCUGGAGCCCGAGCCAACAUCUGGAAUAUUGAGGUCCAAUGAAGACAUAAUGCAGGAGAUACUUAACACAAAUGUACUUGUGGAACAACUAGAGCAAAUUCGAACUGAUCCUACAACUCUGAGGGGUAAUGCAGAAAUGCAGAAGGUGGAACCAGAACCAAUCAAACCAGCUGCAGAUGAUUCUUCAGUUCUUCAUGACUUUGCAGCUGGAAAUACGGAACUUACGAAGCAAGUAGACAAAACUGAGAGAACAGAAAAGCAGAUAAGAGGUGCUUGUGGAAAUUCAGGAGACUUAAGACAUCUAACUGCAUCACCCAAACCUGAAAAAUCACACCUUGGACUAGAAGAUUAUCCAAAUGCAAGUUCUGUGGAUGAACUGUCUGAGCGAAGUCCUUGUCCUCCUGAGUACCAUAUAUGUACAGUCAACUUUACUCAGAAUGAAGCUUGUACUCAGGAUGCUCAACAACAUUGCAUAAGCAGCACAGAAGAAACUUCAGUAGUGAACGAUGAUCAUAGAUGUCCAGAGGAAGAACAGACAUUCAUUUUAACAUUGGUGGAAAUCCCAGCUGACUCAAAAGAGUUUGAUGCAUCUGCUAUGGUGGAGCAAACUUCUGAACCAGUACUACCAGCCCCAAUACUUAUCAGCCCAAUAAACGCAAGUGAAACAACUGUGACUGAAAUGGAGAGUAUUGGAUCCUUUACAACUGCAGCUGGUGAAGUUGCUGCACCUUUAAACAGCAGUAUGGAAACCAAGCAACUAGAGAGUGCAGUAGACCCUGUUCCAAAGUUGCAGACAGCUCAAAAACGGUUGGCUGCUGAGCUUGAAGAGAGUGAUUUUCCUCCUUCCAAGAAAGCCCUAUCUACUGUUGCACUGGAAGAUAACCUGGAAACCACGUACAAGGGUUAUUCAAUUAAGUCUGCAGAUGUGCCAGUGGUAACUUCUGGGAAUUCUUUUCAAAAAACAGAGUCUUCAGCAAAGGAAAAAAUACUUACAUCUGUAUUGGUGUCUGAGCCUAUCUCACAACUGGCUGAGAGAAGCCAGCUUGAGACUUUGGAGAGCUUAGGGAAAACACCACUUGAGAAUCCAGCAUCCAAAAAGGAAGAGGAGGUUAUGUCUAGAUUAACCUCUAACAGAAAAGCAGAAAUAAGUAGACAAGGAAAGCAGGAGAAUGUGCAUGAAUCUGCACAGCUGGAACAUACUGGAAGCCCAGCAUCAUCUUCAAAAACUCCAUUACUCAGGGGUGGACGAAAACCACUGGGGUUUUUAUCUUUAAUUUGCAAAAAAAGUAAUUCUGAAUCUGCAGAAGACACCAAAGGGAAUAGAGGGAAGAUCCAAAAGCCUCGAAUUGUGACUCCAAAACGAAGUCUAAAGAAACCCACUCCAUCCACUGAGGAUGAUAGGGAAUCUUGUUCCUUUCCCUCUACAUCAUCAUCUGUGGAACAUGAGCCUGUAGCUGCUGAUGCUGCAGUUAUGGUUCCAAGUAACAACUCAUCUGAGAAGCUACCUCUUUUUGGUAAAGAUCAAGAGAAGGAAGGAGAGCCAACCAAAAUCUCUGAGUACUUUUUCAGUGACAUCUUUAUGGAAGUGGAUGAUUCAGAAUAGCAAAUGGGUUUUAUAAAAACCUAGGAUCACAGAAUAUACUGCAACAAGAUAAGAGUAUUUAAAAAGUUACAAUUUGUUCUGAUAUUCAUUAUGCCACAUUUACUGCCAGCCAGUUAUAACAGUACCAGAUAAAAUACCAAGAAAGUGGUCUCUUUAACAUUCAAGGGAAACUGAACAUUCUCGAAAAGUGAUGUAGCAGAUUCAAAGGAGAAGAAGGAAAGGAUGGGCUGAAAAGCCUCAUCCCCUGCUCCUCCUCUAAAAAACUGUGUGCAAUUACUAAUAAACUCCCAAAACAUGCUACUGGAACUAGGCCGCAGAGUAGGAUGAAGAGCCAUAAACUAUUCAUAUCUUGAACAAACUCCAGUACCUUUGUAAACUCCCUAUAAACCAUUAUCACUUAGCCCAGCACAGUAGCAACCUGAAUCCAUGCCCCUCUACUGUAAAAGCUAUGUGUCAGGGACACUACUGGACCUUUCUCUGCAUAAGAAAAUAAGCCUAGGGACCAGAAAGUUAUUAAAACCUCAAAAAAGCCUAGGGACCAGAGACACAGGAAGGGCUCCACCUAGAGAGAUAUUACGAAUUCAAGCAACAUGCCUACUGACUGCUUUAUCCUAAUACAGAGUAAGGUCAACCAAAAUGCAAUCAGUACAGGAUUUUUUCCACUUCUCAAGCCCCACGUUGGUCGCUAAGAAUGUAUUUGUCCUCGUUUAGGGCAAACUUGGGUGGCAGCUUUCAAAGGGGUCCCUCUAGAAAGCAGAUUCAAGUGGCCACUCCCCUAACCGAUUUGGGAAAAGAAUUCCUUUAAGAAAAGUGGAAAAAAACUGUUUAUUUAGCAAGCAAAGUAUUCACAAGCAUAAAAAAUGAAUAAUAUUAAACAAUAAAACCUCUCACUCUUCUGAA